AUGUCCUUUGAGGCCGCCAGUGCUCCUGCUCUGGUGUCCCUGGGCUCAUAUGUCCAGGACGACUCACCUCCUCCCGUGCCACCAGGCCUCCUCUGCCCGAUGCCACCUGCCUGUGUUCCACCAGCCCAUGUCGGCGCCACCUCCCUGCUGGGGGGGAUACUGGCUCUCUGCACCCCACCCCUGCACCCUGCGCUGCCUGAAACCACGGGCACCUUCAGUUGCCAACAGCCGUCCAGAGAGCCAGAACCAGCUGCCUGCUGCCCGCCCUCCAACGCACGCGCCUGGAGCGGGCAUUUGGGGACCAGGGACGCGCUCCGCCUGCUCCACCCGACCCGCUGCGGUCUCGAACCCAUGGCCCGGCCGCCGCUGCUGCCGCUGCCGCUGCUGGCGGUGGCAGUGGCCGUGGCGCUGCCGCCCCCCGUGCAUGGCACCACCCUGGCCUUCGUCUUCGAUGUCACCGGCUCCAUGUGGGACGACCUGAUGCAGGUGAUCGACGGCGCCUCGGGCAUCCUAGAACGCAGCCUGCGAGGCGGUGGCCGAGCCAUCAGCAACUACGUCCUGGUGCCCUUCCACGACCCAGACAUAGGCCCCGUGACCCUUACGGCUGACCCGGAAGUAUUCCAGAGAGCCCUGAGAGAGCUAUACGUGCAGGGGGGCGGUGACUGCCCCGAGAUGAGUGUGGGGGCCAUCCUAGCCGCUGUGCAGGCCUCCAGCCCCAACUCCUUCAUCUACGUCUUCUCGGAUGCUCGGGCCAAGGACUACUACCGGAAGGACGAGCUGCUGCGGCUGCUGCAGCUCAAACAGUCACAGGUGGUGUUCGUGCUCACGGGGGACUGUGGGGACCGCACACACCCCGGCUACCUGGCCUAUGAGGACAUCGCGGCCACCAGCUCCGGCCAAGUGUUUCACCUGGGCAAGCAGGAAGUGGGACAGGUUCUGCGGUGGGUGGAGUCGGCCAUCCAGACCUCCAGGGUGAACCUGCUGACCACAGAGCAUGAGGAGGGCGGCGAACACCACUGGGACAUCCCCUUCGACCCCAGUCUCCAGGAAGUGACCAUCUCCCUGAGUGGACCGGGCCCCCAGGUGGAGGUUCGGGACCCACUGGGGAGAAUCCUGCAGAAGGACGAGGGCCUCAAUGUUCUCCUCAACAUUCCGGACUCAGCCAAAGUGGUGGCCUUUAAGCCCGAGCAUCCUGGGCUGUGGUCCAUCAAGGUCUACAGCAGUGGCCGACAUUCCGUGCGCAUCACCGGGGUCAGUGACAUUAACUUCCGAGCCGGCUUCACUACUCAGCCUUCAUUGGACCUCAACCACACCAUUGAGUGGCCUCUGGAAGGGGUGCCCAUCUCCCUGGUGAUCAACGCCACCGGCCUACAAGGACCUGGCCGCCUGGACUCCGUGGAGCUUGCCCACAGCUCGGGGUGGCCCCUCCUGACUCUGCCCACAUGGCCCCUCACCAAUGAGUCUGACCAGCAACUAUGGGGCGGGCCCCCCUUCCGUGUCCCCCAAGAGCGCUUCUACCUCAAGGUGAAGGGCCAGGACCACGAGGGAAAUCCUCUUCUUCGGGUUUCCGGAGUGUCCUACAGUGGGGUGGCCCCAGGCACCCCGAUUGUCAGCAUGCCACCCCGGAUCCAUGGCUACCUGCGCCAGCCCCUGCUGGUCACCUGUUCUGUGCACAGUGCCCUUCCUUUUCGGCUGCAGCUACGACGUCGCGGGGCCCGGCUGGGCGAGGAGCGGCACCUCCUGAGCUCCGGGAAUAGCAGCUGGGAGUUCCCGGUGGCCUCCACAGCAGAGGAAGGGACGUACGAGUGUGUGGCAGUCAGCCCUGCCGGCACGGGGCGCGCUCAGGCCCAUGUCAUCAUCACAGAUCCACCACCACAGUUGGCCGCUGCCCACAAUGUGACCGUGUCGCCGGGGGACACUGCCCUCCUGUCUUGCCGGGUCCUGGAUGAGGCGCCCUUUAACCUCACGUGGGUCCGGGGCUGGCGUGCACUGCCCAGGUCGGGGGGCAGAGUCUCACAGCUGGCCAAUCUGUCCCUGGAGCUGCGUGCUGUGGUCCCUGAUGACAGCGGGCAGUACCAGUGUGUGGCCAGCAAUGCCAAUGGUCUCACCAGAGCGUCUGUUUGGCUUCUGGUGCGAGAGCCCCCCAAGGUCAGCGUCCACACCACAUCCCAGCGCUUUUCCCAGGGCAUGGAGGUACGAAUCCACUGCUCGGCCUCAGGAUACCCUGAACCCCACAUCUCCUGGAGCCGUGAGGGCCGUGUCCUGCAGGAGGGUGGCAGGACCCGUGUGGACGCCCAAGGGACACUGGUCAUUCGGGGAGUAGCCCCAGAGGAUGCUGGGAACUAUAGCUGCCUAGCUGCCAAUGAGGCUGGCACAGCCCAGGAGACUGUCACCCUCUUCUAUUCAGAACCCCCGGCAGUGUCGGCGGUCAGGGCUGUGGUGCUGGCCGCAGCUGGGGAGGAGGCGGUGCUGGAGUGUGAGGCAUCUGGGACUCCCCCACCCCGGAUUAUCUGGUAUCGAGGGGGUCUGGAGAUGAUCCUGGGCCCUGCGGGCUCCAGUGUUGGGACCCUGCGGAUCCCAGUCACACGGGACAGGGAUGCGGGGAUCUACACCUGCCGUGCCCUCAACGAGAUGGGAGAAGCCUCCGCAGAAAUCCGGCUGGAGGUUGGACAUGCCCCCCAACUGACGGAGCUGCCCCGUGAUGUCACCGUAGAGCUGGGGCGAAGUGCUGUUCUGGGGUGUCGUGCCACUGGCCGGCCCCCUCCAAAGCUCUCCUGGCAACGCAGAGAUGGCCAGUCCCUGAGGCCCUGGCGGGGUGACAGCAGAGGCCAUCGCGACUCAGGACUGUUGUUCAUCGAAAGCGUGGCCCCUGAACACCAGGGCUCCUACGUCUGUGAAGCUCAGAAUAUCUUUGGGAAGGUUCAGGCUGAGGUGUGGCUGAAUGUGACCGGACACGUGCCCCCUGAGAUCGCCAGCAGUGCCCCCAUCGUGCGGGUGCUGGAAGGGCAGCCUGUGUCCCUGCCCUGUGUCAUUCUGGCUGGAAAACCCCUUCCUGAACGUCGAUGGCUCAAGGCUGACCAGCCUCUGGCAGUGGGAGGCCGGUUCUCAGUGCGUGCGGAUGGCAGCCUGCACCUGGACCAGGCACUGCGCAGGGAUGCAGGCUCCUACAGCUGUGUGGCCACCAACACUGCGGGGUCCCGAGUCAGGCUCAUGACGCUGGUGGUCCAGGUGCCACCUCGGAUUCAGCCCAUGGCCACCUACCACAUCACCAACGAAGGAGUUCCAGCUGCACUGCCCUGUGCUGCCUCAGGUGUUCCCACGCCGACCGUUACCUGGACCAAGGAGUCCAGAGCCCUCCCAUCUGAGGACACCCGUUAUAAAGUGAGCCAGGACGGGACACUGCACAUCACCCAGCCAACCCCACAGGAUGCUGGGAGCUACACGUGCUCGGCCACCAAUGCCGUGGGCUUCUCCAGCCAGGAGAUGCACCUUGCUGUCAACACCAAACCCAAGAUCCACGUGAACGGGGGACGUGACUCAGAUGAGCCGCUCAAAGUCACAGCCAAGGCUGGUGAGCAAGUGACUCUGGAAUGCGAGGCCCAGGGGUCCCCACCCCCGCUCGUCACCUGGACCAAGGAUGCUCGCCCAAUACCAAGAGACAGGCACGGCCUCCUUCCAUCUGGCUCCCUGCGUCUGGCCCAGACGGCGGUGACAGACAGCGGUCACUACAAAUGCACGGCCAGUAACCCUGCCGGUUCUGCCUCACGCCACUAUGUCCUCGGGGUGCAAGUACCCCCACAGGUGCAGCAGGGCCCCCGGGCCAUGAAGGUGCUGGCAGGGGAAAUUGUGGAUCUCAAUUGUGUGGCUGAAGGAAGCCCAGAGCCCAGCUUGACCUGGUCCAAGGAUGGGGUGACCUUGAAGACAGGAACCCCGGAGGGCUCCCUCCGUUUAGCAGCUGUCCAGACUUCGGAUGCUGGCACAUACCACUGUGAGGCCUCCAGCAGUGCUGGGAAGGAUGCCUGGGAGCUGGAACUUACAGUUCUGGAGCCUCCACACUGGGGCACCCCCGAGACCAGCAGCUUUGUGGAGCGUGUGAUGGGGGAGAACGCCAGCCUGCCAUGCCCAGCCCAAGGGACACCCUGGCCGCAGGUGACCUGGAGGAAGGACCAGUCCGCGGAGCCUCUGCAUGGUGGCCCUGGGCUGGCACUGCUGGCCGAUGGCUCCUUGUUCCUGGCGUCUGUCUCUCCUGGCGACAGCGGAGACUACGAGUGCCAGGCCACCAACGAGGCUGGCUCAGCAUCCAGGAGCACCAGGCUGCUGGUCUAUGUCCCGCCCAGCAUACGGGAAGAUGGUCGAGGGACCAAUGUGUCAGCCAUGGCCGGGCAGCCCCUGACCCUGGAGUGUGACGCCAGUGGCUCCCCAGUCCCCAUGGUCACAUGGCUCAAGGACGGACUGCCGUUCCUGGAGGCCAGGGGCCUUCAUGUCCAGGACAGGUCGUGGACCCUUUAUUUUCCUGUUGUUCUGGAACGUGACUCGGGCACCUACUCCUGCCGGGCAGAGAACCAAGCGGGCAGUGCCCAGCGAGACUUCCAGCUUCUGGUGCUCGUGCCUCCCUCUGUGCUUGGAGCUGGCUCUGCCCAGGAAGUGCUGGGCCUGGCUGGGGACGAGGUCGAGUUAGUCUGCCAGACCUCAGGGGUCCCCACACCCCAAGUGGAGUGGACCAAGAAUGGCCAGCCUGUGGACACGAGAGAUCCUCACUUGCGGCUGCAGGAGGGAGGCCAGCGCCUGUGGAUCCUUGACAGUCACCUGGGUGACGAAGGCCGGUACCAAUGUGUGGCCUUCAGCCCGGCGGGGCAACAGGCCAGGGACUUCCAGCUCCGCAUCCUUGUCCCUCCCACCAUCCUGGGCUCUAACGAGACAACUGAAGUGGUGGUAAUGGAGGGACGACUAGCACGGCUACUGUGUGAGGCCCGGGGGAACCCCAGCCCCGACAUCGUCUGGUUUAAGGAUGGGGCCCCGCUGGCCCCCAGCACCGAGGCCACCUACAGCAGGGGGGGCCGGCAGCUGCAGUUGGGGAGUUCGCGGGGUGCCGACGCUGGAAACUACACCUGCUGGGCCAGCAACUCUGCAGGGGAUGCAGAGAAGACGACCAGGCUGGAGGUCUACAGGCCCCCUACCAUCGAGGGCUCAGACGGAGGGCUGCACGUGGUGAAGGCCGUGGCUGGGAGGCCUUUGGUGCUGGCAUGUGUGGCUGGCGGCAGCCCCCCUCCCACCAUCUCGUGGCAACAUGAGGGGCUCCUGGUGACCGAAGGCAAUGCCACGCAGCUGUGGGCAAACGGUGCCCUGAGCCUGGCAGUCCUGGGUGAGGCCUCGGGGGGCCUGUACAGCUGUGUGGCCAGCAGUCCUUCGGGGGAGGCCGUGCUACGCUACUUAGUGGAUGUCCAGGUGCCCCCACAGCUCCUGGUGGCUGAAGGCUUGGGCCAGGUGACAGCACUGGCAGGACAGUCCCUGGACCUUCCUUGCGAGGCAUCAGGCUCUCCGGCACCCACUGUCCAGUGGCUGCAGAAUGGACGCCCUGCAGAGCUGCUUCCUGGGGUGCAGGUGGCCUCACAGGGGGCCACAUUGCACAUCAACCCUGUGAAGCCAGACCACGCUGGCCUCUUCUCUUGCCUGGCCACCAAUGAGGCAGGCACAGCCGGGGCCGAGGUGGAGCUGUCCGUGCAUGAACCCCCAGAAGUGGCCAUCAGUGGGGAUGAGAACAUCACUGCCCCCUUCCUGCAGCCAGUGAUCCUCCAGUGCGUGGGAUCUGGAGUGCCUCCUCCCAGCCUCCGAUGGUGGAAGGACGGGGUGGCUCUGGCAGCCACGGGAGGCACCCUGCAGAUCGAAAAGGUGGACCUGAGGGACGAGGGCACGUACUCAUGUGCUGCCACCAACACGGUCGGGGAAAGCAGGAAGCAUGUGGUGCUCAAGGUUCUGGUGCCUCCCAACAUCGAGCCAGGCCCUGUCAACAAAGCAGUUUUAGAAAACGUCUCGGUGGCUUUCGAGUGCCUCGCUUCGGGCGUGCCCCCGCCGGAUGUCUCCUGGUUCAAGGGACGCCAGCCUAUCUCUACCAGGCACGGGGUGACACUGUCCCCUGAUGGGAGGGUCCUCCACUUUGAGCGAGCCCAGCUCACAGAUGCAGGGAGCUACCGCUGUGUGGCCUCCAAUGUGGCCGGUGACACAGAGCUUCUGUAUGGCCUUCGGGUCAACGUGCCCCCACACAUCACGCUGCCACCCAGCCUGCCCGGCCCCGUGCUGCUCGGCGCCCCGGUCCGGCUGACCUGUGAUGCCGCUGGCACCCCCAGUCCCACGCUGAUGUGGCUUAAGGAUGGAAACCCAGUGUCCACUGCAGGGGCCUCAGGCCUCCAGGUCUUCCCCGGGGGCCGGAUGCUCACCCUGGCCAGUGCCCGGGCAGCCGACACGGGCACCUACUCGUGUGUAGCUGUGAAUGCUGUGGGCGAGGACCGCAGGGAUGUGGUACUGCUUGUUCACGUGCCUCCCAACCUCCAUGGGGAGGAGGUGAACGUGUCAGUCGUGGCCCAGGAGCCGGUGGUCCUAGAGUGCCAGAGCCAUGCCGAGCCGCCCCCCAAGCUGAGCUGGUGGAAGGACGGGCGGCCUCUGCUGCCCAGGCCUGGGGUUCGCCUCUCUGCAGACCAGGCCGUGCUGGAGGUGGUCAGCGCAGAGGAGCAGGACACAGGCCGCUACACGUGUCGGGCACAGAACCCAGCGGGCACUUCGGAGAAGCACUUCAACCUCAAUGUCUGGGUGCCCCCCACUUUCCCCCUGCGCAAGCCUCGGACCCUGACCGUAAUUGAGGGGCACCCUGCCAGACUGUCCUGCGAUUGUCAGGGGGUCCCAUUUCCCCAGAUCACCUGGAAGAAGGAUGGUCAGCCCCUCCCUGAGGAGGUGUCGGCUGUGGGGCGACUGCUGUACCUGGGCCAGGCCCAGUCCGCCCACGAGGGCACGUACACCUGUGAGUGCAGCAAUGAGGCGGGAGUGAGCAGCCAGGAGCAGCAUCUGGAGGUGCACGUGCCCCCUCAGAUCGCCGGCCCCCAGGAGCCUCUCACGGCAAUCUCCGUGGUUCAAGAAAAGGAGGCCACGCUGGAAUGCACCACUACAGGGAACCCCCCGCCCCAGGUGGUGUGGGAGCGGGCAGGCCGGCCUCUGGGCUCGGAGUCUGGGCUGCAGCUGCAGGACGGAGGGCAGAGGCUGCACGUGGAUCGGGCCCAGGUGGCCCAUGCUGGGCACUACAGCUGCGUAGCUGAGAACCAGGCUGGGCGGGCUGAGCGAAGGUUUAUGCUGUCAGUCCUGGUGCCCCCCGAGUUCGCUGGAGACCUGGAGCCUCUGAGCAAUGUCACUACAGCCCUACACACCCCUGUGACUCUGCUGUGUGAAGCCACAGGCAUCCCACCUCCAAGGGUCCGCUGGUUUCGAGGGGACCAGCCUGUCAGCCCUGGGGAUGACAUCUACCUCCUGGCAGGUGGCUGGAUGCUGAAGAUGCCCCAGGUUCGGGAGAGUGACCGAGGCCUCUACUCGUGCCUAGCAAGUAAUGAGGCUGGCGAGGCACGGAGGAACUUUAGCCUGGAGGUCCUGGUUCCUCCCAGUAUUGAGAAUGAGGAUGUGGAGGAGGCCAUUGAAGUCCUUGAGGGAGAUCCCACCCACCUGGCAUGCAAUGCUUCAGGUCACCCCCAGCCCAUGGUCACAUGGUUCCAAGAUGGUCAGGUCUUGGCUGAUAGCAACACUCACCACGUGUCUUCAGAUGGGACUCUCCUUUGGGUGCCCCAGGCCAACCUGUCCAGUGCCGGCCACUACUCCUGCAUUGCUACCAACACUGCAGGCACCAAGACCAAGCACUACAAGCUCAGUAUCCUGGUGGCCCCCACCAUUCUGGGAGUUACAGAGAAUGACACAGAUGAGGUGACAGUGACCAUCAACAACCCUGUGUCUCUCAUCUGCGAGGCACUGGCCUUCCCCUCACCCACCGUCACCUGGAUGAAGGAUGGGACUCCCUUAGAAGCUUCCAGAAAUGUCCAGCAGCUGCCAGGUACCCAUGGGCUACAGAUCCUGAAUGCCCAGCGUGAAGAUGCAGGAGAGUACAGCUGCGUUGUCACCAAUGAACUCGGGGAGGCUGUGAGGAACUACCAUGUUGAAGUCAUCGUGCCCCCAUCCAUCUCCAAAGAUGAGCCUGCAGAGGCAGUAAGUGUACGGGAGGUGAAGACCAAGGUCAACAGCUCGCUGACCCUUGAGUGUGAGUGCUGGGCCGUGCCACCGCCUACCAUCCGUUGGUACAAGGAUGGGCAGCCCGUGACCCCCAGCCCAAGGCUCCGUAUUCUGGGGGAUGGGCAGCUGCUUCAGAUUCAGCCCACACAACUCUCAGACUCGGGUCGAUACCUCUGUGUGGCCAGCAAUGUGGCGGGAGAGGACAGCCAAGACUUUACUGUGUUUGUUCAGGUGCCCCCCAUCUUCCAGAGGGUAGGGGAUGACGGUGCCACCUUCGAGAUCCUGUCCCAAGAAGAGGAGGCCCGGGGGGAAGUGACUGAGUACCGGGAGAUCGUGGAGAACAGCCCUGCCUACCUCUACUGUGACACCAAUGCUGUGCCGCCCCCAGAGUUCACGUGGUACCGGGAGGACCAGCCACUCUUGGCUGAGGAUGGGGUGUCCCUCCUGCAAGGUGGCCGCGUGCUGCAUAUCCCUCUGGUCCGUGCGGAUGAUGCUGGGAGAUAUUCCUGCAGGGCCUCCAACGAGGUGGGCGAGGACUGGCUGUACUAUGAGCUGCGGGUGCUGACCCCACCUGUGAUCCUGGGGGACACGGAGGAGCUGGUGGAAGAGGUGACCGUCAACGCCAGCAGCACCGUCAGCCUCCGAUGCCCGGCCCUGGGAAACCCCGAGCCCAGGGUCUCAUGGCUGCAGAACGGGCUGACCUUCUCCCCAGGCUCGGGACUGGAGAUCCUGGAGGAUGGGCAUGUUCUGCAGGUAUCCAUGUCUGAAGUUCCUGAAGCUGCCAGCUACAUGUGUGUGGCCGAAAACCUGGCAGGCUCUGCCGAGAAGCUCUUCACCCUCAGGGUGCAAGUCCCCCCUCAGAUCGCAGGCUCGAACCCAGAGCACGUCACCACCAUCCUCAACAGCAGUGCCACAUUGUCUUGUGAAGUCCAUGCACAGCCCAUCGCUGAGGUCACAUGGUUUAAGGAGCGCCAGCCUGUGACCCUGGGACCCGGGCGCUUCCUUCUGCCUGGCACCAACACACUGCAACUAGCCCGGGCACAGCUGUCAGAUGCAGGAACAUAUACAUGUGAGGCCCUGAAUGCUGCCGGUCAAGACCAGAAGCUGGUGCAACUCAGCGUGCUGGUGCCCCCCACUUUCAGGAGGCCUCCUGAUCCCCUUCAGGACACCAUCCAGGUGAGGGCAGGUAAUGAGACCGUCCUGAGCUGUGAGGUGGAUGCGCACCCCGAGCCGGUUGUGGCCUGGUCCAAGGAUGGGCAGCCAGUGGGGACGUCAGCAGCCGGGCAGACCCUGCACAUUCUGACCGCCCAGGUGUCGGACUCGGGUCUAUACAGCUGCAAAGUACAGAACACAGCUGGGGAGGCUGUACGGACAUUUGCCCUCUCUGUGCAGGAGCCCCCAACAUUUGAGAACCCCGAGUUGGAGACAGUGAGCCAGGUGGCGGGGAGCCUCCUGGUGCUAGCCUGUGACGUGAGUGGGGUGCCAAUGCCCGUUGUUACUUGGCUGAAGGACAGGAUGCCUGUGGAGAGCAGCGUGGGGCAGGGCAUGGUGGCCCGUGGGGGGCGCCUCCAGUUCAGCCACCUACAGCCAGAGCAGGGCGGCACGUAUACCUGUGUGGCAGAGAACGCCCAGGCCGAGGCCCGAAAGGACUUUGUGGUGGUGGUGUUGGUGCCACCCAGGAUCCGGCCCUCAGGAGCCCCGCAGGAGCUCAGCGUCCGGGAAGGGCAGGAGGUGCGACUGGACUGUGAAGCAGAUGGACAGCCACCCCCCGACGUGGCCUGGUUGAAAGAUGGGCACCCCUUGAACCAGGGCAGCAACACCACACUCAGGGCCCAGCCUGAUGGCGGCUCGCUGGUCCUGAAGGGGCUCCGUGCCUCCGACUCCGGUGCCUAUGCCUGCUCUGCACACAACGUAGCUGGUGAAGAUUCGAGGCUUCUCACGCUGCAUGUGCUUGUGCCCCCCACCAUUGAGCAGGAACCUAAGGGCCCCGAAAUGCUGCUGAGCCGGCCCGGGGAGCUGGUGCGCAUGGUCUGCACUGCCAGGGGUUCCCCGCCCAUCCAGCUGAGCUGGCUCAAGGAUGGCCUCCCUCUGCAGCUGUCUCAGCGAGCCCACCUCCACGGCCAGGGACGCACCCUCAGGAUCUCAGAUGUGCAGCUGGCUGACUCAGGAAUAUAUACGUGUGUGGCCGCAAGCACCGCAGGCGUGGCCGAAAGAAACUUCACACUACAGGUGCAGGAACCCCCCAUCUUGGAGCCAUCGGAGUUCCAGCCCGACGUAGCGGUGGUGCGUGGUGCCUCCGUGGUCCUCCCAUGUGAAGCCCGGGGCAGCCCCCUGCCGCUUGUGUCCUGGAUGAAGGAUGGGGAGCCCUGGUUGUCCCAGAGCCUGGAGCAAGGGCCCGGCCUGCAGCUGGAGGCAGUGGGAGCUGAGGAUGUGGGGACCUACACCUGCGUGGCCACGAGCACAGCCGGGGAGGCCCGGCGGGACUUUCAGCUGACAGUCAUGGAUCCGCCAUAUAUCGAGGACUCGGGCCAGUCUACGGAGCUGUCCCUGACCCCUGGCGCCACCCUGGAGCUCCUCUGUGAUGCUCAAGGUUCCCCCUCGCCCACCAUCGCCUGGCACAAGGAUGGGCAGGCUCUGAGCAGGCCAGAAUACAGCAGCGGAGUCUGGCGGGCGCUGCUGGUAGAGAAUGUGCAGGUGGCUGAUGCGGGGCUCUAUACCUGCCUGGCCCAGAACCCAGCUGGGGAAGCAGAGAAGAACUUCCGGGUCAGAGUUCAAGCUCCUCCCCACGUGAUAGGACCCCGAGGGCCCCGCUCUGUGGUUGGCCUGGCCCCAGGACAGCUGGUUCUGGAAUGUUCUGUGGAGGCAGAACCAGCUCCUGAGAUUGAGUGGCACCGAGAUGGCAUCAAGCUGCAGGAGAGCACCCACACUCAGUUUCCUGAGCACGGCCGCUAUCUAAGGCUCCAGGAGCUGAGCUUGGCUGAUGUCGGCGACUACAGCUGUACAGCCCGCAAUGCCGCAGGCAGCACCAGUGUGGACUUCCACGUAGAUAUCCACACUGUGCCUAACAUCCGGCCUGGACCACCCGUGGUGAACGCCUCCAUGAACCAGACGGCCCUGCUGCCCUGCCAGGCAGAUGGGGCACCCCUACCCCUGACGAGCUGGUGCAAGGAUGGGGCCCCCCUGGACCUGGGGAACCCCAGACUGCAGAUUCUUCCAGAUGGUUCUCUGCAGAUCCAGCCAGUCUUGGCACAGGACAUGGGUCACUACCUCUGCCUGGCAUCCAACUCUGCGGGCUCUGAUCGGCAGGGCAGAGACCUCCGGGUCUUUGAGCCUCCAGCCAUUGCCUACAGCCCCUCCAAUGUGACACUGACUUCCCAAACCCCCGCUGAGCUCCCAUGCGAGGCCAGCGGCACCCCAAAGCCCCAGGUGGCCUGGUGGAAGGACAGACAGCAGCUGGACUUCCGCCUGCAACAGGGCACCUAUUGGCUCCUUCCUUCCGGCUCUCUGCUCCUCCCAGCCCCCAGCCCUCAGGACACAGCCCAGUUCGAGUGUGUGGCCAGCAAUGAGGUGGGCGAGGCCCACAGGCUCUACCAGGUGACCGUGUAUGAGCCUCCCACCAUUGCGGACGACCAGACAGCCUUCACCGUGACCCAGAUGGCCCCUGUGGUGCUCACGUGCCACAGUUCUGGGGUGCCAACCCCAAUUGUGUCUUGGAGCAAGGCAGGCACCCAGCUAGGGGCACGGGGCCACGGCUAUCGAGUGUCACCAACUGGUGCCCUGGAGAUCCAAAAGGCGCUGCCCAUCCACGCUGGCCGCUAUUCCUGCAGGGCUCGGAACUCGGUGGGCGUGGCCUACAAACACAUGGUCCUCAGCGUGCAAGCCUCCCCCAUGGUGAAGCCGCUGCCCAGUGAGGUCCGGGCGGUGGCAUCCGAAGAGGUUCUGCUGUCUUGUGAAGCCGUGGGCAUCCCCUUGCCCACCAUCUCCUGGCAGAAAGAGGGACUCAGCAUCCCCGUGGGAGCCAGCACUCAGGUGCUCCCCAGAGGGCAGCUGCGGAUCCUCCAUGCUAGCCUGGAGGAUGCUGGGAACUACCUGUGCAUCGCCCGGAACAGAGUGGGCAGUGCCCUGGGCAGAACACGGCUGGUAGUGCAAGUGCCCCCUGCCAUUGAGCCCAGCCUACCAGAUGUGGCAGCCACCGAGGGCACACAUGCACUACUGCCCUGUAGGGCAAGUGGCAGCCCCCGGCCCGAGGUCAAAUGGGAGAAGGACGGGCAGCCACUGAUGGCUGCUGAGGACAGGGUCACUGUCCAGCCCUCAGGGGCGCUACUGGUGAAACACUCACAGAGCCAAGACGCUGGAACCUACACUUGCACUGCCGAGAACACCGCCGGCCGCGCCCACCGCCGUGUGCACCUCAGCAUCCUGGCACUGCCUGUCUUCACCACCCUGCCCGGGGACCGUAGCCUGCGCCCUGGAGACCGGCUGUGGCUGCGCUGUGUGGCCCGGGGCAGCCCCACGCCCCACCUCAGCUGGACCGUCAAUGACAGGGUGGUCACAGAGGGGGUGUUGGAGCAGGACGGGGGCAGCACGCUGCAGCGAGGGGCUGUGACCCGUGAGGACAGUGGGACCUACGUGUGCUGGGCUGAAAACCGCGUGGGCCGUGUGCAGGCUACCAGCUUCGUGCAUGUCCAAGAGGCCCCAAGCCUGCAAGGGGAGGCCUUCUCCUACUUGGUGGAACCCGUGGGGGUCAGCGUCCGGUUGGACUGUGUGGUGCAUGGGAUGCCAGCCCCUGCCAUCCGCUGGGCCAAGGACGGCCUCCCGCUGUGGGGUAGCCGGCAGCGCUACCGGCUACACAACGGAUCGCUGACCAUCCGCAGGACCGAGAGGGCUGACGCAGGACGUUACCUAUGCAGUGCGGAGAGUGAGCUGGGGGCUGUGGAGAAAGUGGUGGUGCUGGUGCUGCAGAGUGCCCCCGUGUUCAAGGUAGAACCCCAGGACGUGACCGUGAGAUUUGGGGAUGUUGUGGUGCUACAGUGCCAGGCCACAGGCGAGCCGGCACCCACGGUGGAGUGGAUGCGAGCAGGCCAACCCCUGGAGGCCAGUGGGAGGCUGCGGACGCUGCUGGAUGGAAGCCUGUGGCUGGAGCAGGCAGAGGCCAGGGACGCAGGCACCUAUGAGUGUGUGGCCCACAACAUCCUGGGCUCGGCCAUUGCACGGGCAGUGCUGGCUGUGAGAGGAGCACCCCGGGGAAGCCGGGGCAGCAUGGUGGGGGUCAUCAAUGGCCAGUACUUGGGCAUAGCUGCCCUCAACACCAGCGUGCAGCAGUGGGAGGCACAAGACGAGACCAUCACCCUCCACAGCAGCAUCAGCCAUGUCCCUCCCAGCGUGGGACCCCUAAUGCGAGCCCUGGUGGUCGCCCUGGCCCCCACCUACUGGGCGCUGGCUGGAGAGAGUAGAGAUGCCCCAAAUGGCCAUUCGCUGACAGGCAGCCACUUCCGGCAAGAGUCCCAUGUGGAGUUCGACACAGGGGACCAGCUCACUGUGACUCAAGUGGCCCGGGGCUUGGAUGCUGACGGUUUCCUGCUGCUGGAUGCCGAGGUCCACGGGGUCAUCCCUGAGAGCCUAGCUGAGGCAGAUCUUCAAGUUCAGGACUUCCAGGAGCAGUACUGGCUGACAGGCCCUGGGCAACUCUUGGGCGACUCCAGGCAGCGCUUCCUGCGGGCCCACGAGCCUGUGUCUGCGCACUGCAACCACAGUAUCCGCUACGACUUGGUGCACGGUCCCCAGCCGCAGCUGGUGCAGCAUCUCCAUGCCUCACGUGUUCGUAGCACCUUUGAACCCGACACAGAGGCCCUGCAAUUUCAGCUCACCACCGCCAUGCAAGCCGAAGAGAACGAGCUCAGCUGCCCGGAGGGCUUUGAGUUGGAUCCCGAGGGCACGUUCUGUGUGGGUAAGUACCCCAGGCACCCUGUCCCGUAGGGGUCUCCCUACACAGAGCUUUGUGUUGGGUGGGGUAGGGUUGGGUGUUGAGGCAGGUUGGGGUGGGUGCUCAUGCCACUUCUCUGCCUCUCAGACGUGGACGAGUGUGCCUGGGAACUCCAGCUGUGCCCAAAAGGCCAGCGCUGCGAGAACUUGCAGGGGACCCACCGAUGCCUCCCAGGAUGCCAGCCUGGCUUCCGGCCGGCCCCCGAUGGGACAGGCUGCGAAGAUGUGGACGAAUGUUCGGAGGAGACAGACGAAUGCCACUACAGCCAGCUCUGUGACAACACACCGGGCGGGUACCAAUGCAGGUGCCCCCAAGGGUACCGGACCCAGGGCCCCGGCCUGCCCUGUCUAGACAUCAAUGAGUGCUCGCAGAUGCCCACUCCCUGUACCCAUGGCUGCCUCAACCUGCUGGGUGGCUUCCGCUGCCUGUGCCCAGCCGGCCUUGUGCUCCUCCCGGGGGGCAGGACAUGCGGCCCGUUGCGGGGCGAGCUCAGGGCCCAGAACAUCACCACUCUUGGUUCCCGGAGUCUCCGACUGCGGCCCCGUGGUCCUGGGGGCUCCUACCACGCCUGGGUCUCCCUCCGGCCACGUCCCAGAGCUCUGGGCAGUUGGGGGCGAGCCUGCCCCCCUGGCUUCAUCCAGCAAAACGGAGUCUGUACAGACCUGGAUGAGUGCCUGGUGCCUAACCUGUGCCAACAUGCCUGCAAGAACACGGAAGGCAGCUACCGGUGCCUUUGCCCCUCUGGCUACCGCCUCCUGCCCAGCGGGAAGAACUGCCAGGACAUCAACGAAUGUGAGGAAGAUGGCAUUGAAUGUGCCCCCGACCAGAUGUGCUUCAACACCAGAGGCAGUCACCAGUGUGUAGACACGCCGUGUCCCCCCACCUACCGGCAGGGCUCCAGCCCCGGGAUGUGUUUCCGCCGCUGCUCCCAAGAUUGCCGGGUUGGUGGCCCUUCCACGCUGCAGUACAAACUGCUGCCCCUGCCUCUGGGCGUAAGGGCCCACCGUGACGUGGCCCGCGUGGCCGCCUUCUCAGAGGCAGGCUCAGUGGCCAACCUCACCGAGCUCCGUGUAUUGGAGCCCGACCCACACAGCCCAUUCUCGUUGCGCCCACUGCACGGGGGCUUGGGUGCUGUCUAUACCCGCCGUGCACUCUCGCAUGCAGGCCUCUACCGGCUUACCGUGCGUGCUGCAGCCCCCCGCUACAGCAGCAUUUACGUACUGCUCAUCGCUGUGUCCCCCUACCCCUACUGAGCGGACGCCCUGGCCCUCCACAGCCUGCCCAGGCCGCUGCCCUGGCCUGCGAGGUCAGCGUCACCACUGAUCACCUUCCAUGUGCGUCA